CUUAGCCCAGGUGCUGGGGUGAGGUACCAAAGGUUCCCUAUAAAGUGCUGGGGCUCUGGGCUGUGGCCACUCACCCUCCGGCUCCUGGCCUGCUGCAGCUUUGAGGCACCGCCCGGCGGCCACCAUGGUGAGGCUCGUGCUGCCCAACCCGGGCCUGGAGGACCGGAUCCUGUCCCUGGACCAGCUGGAGAGCAUCGAGGAGGAGGAGGCCAGCUCCCGGCCCAAGUGGGACAACAAGGCCCAGUACAUGCUCACCUGCGUGGGCUUCUGCGUGGGCCUGGGCAACGUGUGGCGUUUCCCGUACCUGUGCCAGAGCCAUGGUGGAGGGGCCUUUAUGAUCCCCUUCCUCAUCCUGCUGGUCGUGGAGGGGAUGCCAUUGCUGUACCUGGAGUUUGCCAUUGGGCAGAGGCUGCGGAAGGGGAGCGUGGGCAUCUGGAGCUCCAUUCACCCGAUCCUGAAGGGUGUAGGCAUCGCGUCCAUGUUCGUGUCCCUCAUGGUGGGCCUCUACUACAACACCAUCAUUGCCUGGGUCAUGUGGUACUUCUUCAACUCCUUCCAGGACCCUCUGCCGUGGAGCCAGUGCCCGCUCAACGAGAACCAGACUGACUACGUGGAAGAGUGUGCCCGCAGCUCCCCCGUGGACUACUUCUGGUACCGGGAGACCCUCAACAUCUCCACCUCCAUCAACGACUCGGGCUCUGUGCAGUGGUGGAUCCUGCUCUGCCUGACCUGCGCCUGGAGUGUGCUCUACGUGUGCACCAUCCGUGGCAUCGAGACCACCGGGAAGGCUGUGUACAUCACCUCGACGCUGCCCUAUAUCGUCCUGACCGUCUUCCUCAUCCGGGGCCUGACGCUGAAGGGAGCCACCAACGGCAUCGCCUUCCUCUUCACACCGAACGUCGAGGAGCUGGCCAAACCGACCACCUGGCUGGACGCAGGGACCCAGGUCUUCUUCUCCUUCUCGCUGGCCUUUGGGGGCCUCAUCUCCUUCUCCAGCUACAACUCUGUCCACAACAAUUGCGAGAAGGACUCGGUGAUCGUGUCCAUCAUCAAUGGCUUCACGUCCGUGUUCGCAGCCACGGUGAUCUACUCCGUCAUCGGUUUCCGCGCCACCGAGCGCUACGAUGAGUGCUUCAGCACGAAUAUCCUGACGCUCAUCAACGCGUUCGAUCUGCCCGAAGGCAACGUGACGCAGGAGAACUUUGAGGAGAUGCAGCGAUGGUGCAACGCCACUGACCCCGCGGCCUACGCCAAGCUGAGUUUCCAGACCUGCGACUUGAACUCCUUCCUCUCCCAGGGCGUGGAGGGCACCGGGCUGGCCUUCAUUGUCUUCACCGAGGCCAUCACCAAGAUGCCGGUGUCCCCGCUGUGGUCUGUGCUCUUCUUCAUCAUGCUCUUCUGCCUGGGCCUGUCGUCCAUGUUCGGGAACGUAGAAGGUGUGGUCGUGCCCCUGCAGGACCUCAAGGUCAUCCCCAAAAAGUGGCCCAAGGAGCUGGUCACAGGCCUCCUCUGCUUGGGGUCCUAUCUCAUCACCUUUGUCUUCACGCUGAACUCGGGCCAGUACUGGCUCUCCCUGAUGGACAACUACGCUGGCUCCAUCCCCCUGCUCAUCGUGGCCUUCUGUGAGAUGUUCUCCGUGGUCUACGUGUACGGUGUGGACAGGUUCAACAGGGACAUCGAGUUCAUGGUCGGCCACAAGCCCAACAUCUUCUGGCAAGUCAUGUGGAGACUGGUCAGCCCGCUGAUCAUGCUGGUCAUCUUCCUGGCCUUCUUCGUGGUCGAGGUCACCAAGGAGCUGACAUACAGCGUCUGGGACCCUGCCUAUGAGGAAUUUCCCAAUUCCCGGAGGACCUCGUACCCGGGCUGGGUGUACGUCGUGGUUGUCAUCGUGGCCGGUGUGCCCUGCCUCUCCAUCCCCGGCUUUGCCAUCUACAAGCUCAUCAGGAACUACUGCCAGAGGCCAGGGGACCACCAGGGGCUGGUCAGCGCGCCGUCCACGGCCUCCGUGAACGGGGACCUGAAGUGCUGAGUGGCCCCUCCCACAGCAUGUGGCGCCUGGUAUCUGAGGAGGGGCUGGGUGUACUUGUGUGUGUAUAUGUGUGUUCACAUGUGAGUGUGUACAUGUGUGAGUGUGUGCGCAUAUGUGACACACGUAUGUAUGCUGUAUGGGUGUGUGCAUGUGUGUAUGCACAGGUGAGUCUGUGCCUAUAUGUUUGCGUACAUGAGUGAGUAUGUAUACAUGUGUGGGCACGUAUAAAUAUGCACACGCGAGUAUAUGUAUGUGUGAGUGCAUGCAUGCUGUGUGAAUGUGCACGUGUGAGUGUAUAUGUGUAUACAUGUACAUGUGUGCAAACGCAUGUUUGCAUGUGUGUGCAUAUGCAUGAGUGUGUAUAUGUGUUUGAAUGUGUGAAGUGUAUGUGCAUACACAUGUGAGUAUGUGUAUAUAUCCCUGUGAGUAUACAUGAGCAUGUAUAUAUGCAUGCCAUGGGCAUGAGAGUACGUACAUGUGUGAGAGUGUGUAUUGCGUUGUGCACAUGUGUGUUUGUGUGUAUGUGUACACACAGCUAUGUGCAUGUGUGCAAGUGUGUAUGUGUGUGCGUGCAGGGGCAUGUGUUUGUGUAUACAUAUGCACGUUGCCUGCAGCACACACACCUGCCACGUGGGGCCCAGCUGCCCUGUCGCUUGCCCUCGGCAUGGAUGUGGUGGGGAACAGACUCUGCUCGGUCCUGCCACGCCCUGCCCAUGCUCUGAGGGAGAUCCAAGGCCGCAGGGUGGGGAGGCCACGCCUGCUGCGCUCACCCCGUGGGAGACAGGGGUGCGUUGCUGCCUCGGCUGCUUGGAGAGAGUCAUUGUCCACCACCCCUUCCCCUUGCUGGGAACUCCCACGGUGAAGUGGGGGUGCCUCUACACCGUGCCCAGGCACACCCUCCUCAAACCUGUCUGGAUGAGGCCGCGGCCCCCGGGCCAGUGAGUUGGAGGAAAUUGGCCGGAUCCUCCCAGGUCCUGCGGGUCUGCCAGCCCCUGAAGAGUUUCCGAGCCUUGGCAAGAUUCCGGCUUGAAGAAUGCUCGCUCGUUUAAUCAUUGCUUCUGGCUGCCACAGAUAGAUGAGCAGUUAAACAAAACCCAACUUGGCGUAAUUUAAGGAAGAAACACCCUUUGCGCCUUCUUAAAAGGAAUUAGCUGAACUUUUAGCCAGAUGUUGGAAAAGACGAGUUAUACGCUAACUCGGCCUCGGCCACCGAGCCUGAGGACGGUCCACGUGUCCUGAGCAACGUCAGGGACUGUGAAGCCCCCGGAAGACCAUCCACAUGGGGACACUCCCUGGAGGCGGCCUCGGUGCUUCCCUCCGGGCGUGGGAAGUGACAGCCCACCUCAGCCAAAGUGACCUGCCACUUGGGGUGUUUGUUCCAACAGACUAGUCACCUCCACUUUCCACGGAAAAUUCUGGAAGGUUGAGUUAAACUGGACUUUCUGAGAAUUCUCUGGGCAGGGAUGGGAGACCCAGUGGAGGGUGGGCCCCGGUGCCCUGCUCCUCCCCCUGGGAGGCGUCCUGGUGCACUCCACCCUGCUCAGGGCCUCCUGUCCAGCAGUGACCACAGACCUCAGCCCCAAGGUCCCAGCCCAGCACCUCCGAACACCUCGGCACAUCAAGUCCUUUAUGCACUGGUCACCUGGACGCCAUGAUCUACAAACUCCACAGGCAGAGCAGGUGGCUGCCCAGGACCCUCCAUCCAGGGCCAUGACGGCAUGCACCUGCCAGGAAGCCCAAGGCCCCAUGCCGCCCUGCCCACCCCUCCCCCGGUGCCGAUGGUUUCCUCAGGACUUCACCCCUCCUCCCCACAAAGCUUUCUGAUCUCCGACUGGGAAACAUCUGUCAGUGCCCGUCGAUACGGAUGCCUGGGAGCAGAGGCUCUUGGGCUGACCGGGUGGGGCUGAUCCAGGCAUUUAUGUCACCUGAGUCCUGCCCUGUUUUACAGACUUGGUGUUUUUGCAAAUUGUCAGAAAUGCCAGUUUUGUGGGCAUAACGUGUGUCUGUCUCAGUAAAUCACUCUAUUUCAUA